CGAUAUAUCACACAAGAUGCUUUGGCUCUUGAUCUGGGACAUUCUGCUGUCCCUCACACUCACAGCUUCCAUGCCAGUGAUUGACACCGGCUCGGCCUGCAAGGCUAUGGCCACCUGUGAUCCAUUUCUGCCCAUCUGCGCGACAGCCACCAACGAGCACCAGUUCUUCUACAGCCACUGUGAGAUGUUGCGGGAUAUUUGCCUCACUGGAAAGGAUUGGAAAUCGGACUACCUGAGCCAUUGCAAUGUCCACAAACUGUAACCAUUCUGUCUCAGAGUGACUGAGGACAAGGCUUGCACAUAGACUGAGACUGAGCAAAGUAAACGAAUAUUUGCCAUUAGAUUUUGGUAUAUACAAACAUUUAUAAUAAAACGGUUUUUGAGUCUUAAA